UCUUUAUAUACUAUUAAUAGCUUGAGGUAUAGGCUCUAUAAUUGGGCUCAGAAAAUUAGGGAAAAGGGGGUUCAAAUCUACCUAGAUUGGGUCCCUGGUCAUAUGGGUAUAUAUGGGAAUGCUAAAGCUGAUGAAUGUGCUAAAUAUGGAGCUGAUUGGUCAGAAAAAGACCCUAAGACCUUUCUAUCUCUUAGCUUCCUUUUCAGGAAGCUAAAAGUAAAGGCCUUAGAAGAAUGGCAAGAUAUAUGGUGUAAAGCCAAGACUAGUGACCACUAUAAGCAAUUUAAAAUGCAACCUAAAUGGAAGCCAAGCCAGUUAAAGUUGACUAAACAACUAUGGUCAUCUAUUAUCCAAUUAAAGCUAGGCCAUGGGUACUUUAGGUCAUACUUAGUCAGGCUACCUGCAUAUAAUAGUGGAACCUGUAAUCUAUGCCAAACCAAUCAGGAGCAAACCCCAUAUCACCUAUUAUUCCAUUGCCCAGCCUAUAGGGAUAUCAGAUAUAGAGCUUUCUCUAGGGUAGAUAGAAAAGAUUAUAAUCUUUUCUAUGUAUUCUCCAAAGAGGGUCAGGGAGCUUUAGUUCAGUUCCUAAAAGAAUCAAAAAUAGCUACUAGGAAAUGGCACCUAGGAGCUAAUGACUAA